AUGACACAACAUCGACAAGACGGGGACGUCUCUCCUAUGGAUGUCAGUCCUCGCACAGUAUCCCCAUCGAAUUCAAACUUUCAACUCGCUCCUGCUCCGCCGUCUAAAGGAAAAGCCGAUGCUCUUCUGUCUCCUGUCGAUGCGAAAGACACAAGCUCCCCCGGAGCCUUCGAUUCCACUUCAGAGAUACAACAAACCUCAAAUAUCUUGCCACAAGGCCGUGACCUUGGGUCUUCAUCGACUAUACCGAAGUCUACCCCAGCUUCAACCAAGUCGCUCAAAGACCAUGGCAUAAAUGAUCGAGACUUCGGCCAUGAAGGACAAGAUCACAGCCAGGCCCCUCCUAGACCAAGUAUACAGCUCACCACUGCUGAUGGCGUCGAUACUCCCGUCGAAACUCCCCCUGCAGUCAUUCGAGGUAACUCGUGGGAAGAGCCAGACACACCGGGCAAAUCCCGUGGCGCCUCUCUGAUGUCCAAACUCAAGGCGCUUACCAACAACAGUGGUCUCCCAACUCCCAAAUCGCCGACGGUUGCUGGCCCUUCAAAUCAAGGUAUUCAGUCAAGCGUCAAUUCUCCGACGCGGCCCAAUCGCGGUGUUCCUGGAACUUUGACAGAGGAGGACACGGACGCUGAUGCUGAUGCGGAGGAGACCGCUGAUGAAGGGACUCCUGAGGAUGGCAAAUCUAAAAAGAAAAAACAAAAGAGGAUGAUGCGCCGCACGAAGAAGGCGAACGCUUCGACGCCCGGAACCCCAAGACGAUUUGCAGCUGACACCGACGUGCUGGACACCUUCGACCAGCUGGUUAAACGACGUGCAAGCAUGCCCGAUGCAGCCCCUGAAUACGGCGUCUCUGAAGGCGAAGGCCGGGAUCGCUUGGGGAUGUCCUUCCGCCGAGGAAACUCUUGGAUGACGUCCGCCAUGCGGACUCCUGGCGAGGAAGGCGACGAGGUCGAAAGUCCCGGAGCUGUUGGACGUCGAACAGGGCAUGUUCGUCGAAUCACUGUAUUUGGUGGCGGCGGUGUUUCUGACGGCGAUGCCAUGACUCCCCGGCGUCCCUUUUUCACAUCUGAGCGAGCGUCUACCUUUGGCGCUCAAAAGUGGAAGCAGGUCAAAAAUACACUCAAACUAUUAAGGCAGAAGAAAGAAGAUCGCUUCGACUACUUCAAAUCGGCCGAACUGAUGGCUGAGCUGCGAGCUGGUGCUCCUGCUGUUCUGAUGCUCGCUAGCAUGAUCCAGAGGGAUGAACAUGGGAACAAGAGAAUCCCAGUCCUCCUCGAACAGCUCAAGCUCCGUAUCACUGAUAGCUCUCCUAUGGAAGAUGACGAUAGAGAUCGGCACUGGCUGUUCACCAUAGAGCUUGAAUAUGGAAGCGGACCUAGCAGAAUGAGCUGGAUCGUUAGUCGAACUCUGAGAGAUAUCUACAAUCUACAUCUGCGGUACAAGUUUGCUAUCAACAACGAGAAGUACAUGCCUGGACGUAUGGACUUGGGCGGUAGACCAAAACAACCCAAAUUUCCCUACUCGGCCUUUCCUUAUCUCCGUGGUGCUCGGAAGAAGGGCGAAGAGAGCGACGACGAAGAUCAAGCCAGUAUUCGUGGGGAGGAGACCGCCGGUGAAGGUACAGCCGCCGAAGGGGGAGGCAACGGCGUCUUUAGCGAUCCCGAAACUCUCAAUGGCCUCCCGCGAAGGAAAUCCCGCAACUUCUUGGGCAUGGGCCCUAGACGCAGAUCAACAGGCAUUACCGACCCUGGCGAAAUGUCAAAUACUGAGGGCCCAGGAAUGCCUGCCAUGGAUAUGGCAACCAGGAGACAGCGUUACGUGGAAAAGCAACGACGCAUUUUGGAGAAGUAUCUCUCCGAGAUGAUAAGAUGGCUCAUGUUUAGGGCUGACAGUAACCGACUUUGCCGCUUCCUCGAACUGUCUGCUCUCGGUGUUCGACUUGCAGCCGAAGGCAGUUAUCAUGGGAAGGAGUGUUAUCUCCACAUUCAACCUUCGAAGGGCCUUGACUUCCGUCGCGCAUUAACGCCUGCCAAGGUUGUGUCUCGUCGGAGCCGAAAAUGGUUCCUCGUACGACAAAGCUACAUUGUGUGCGUAGAAUCUCCUGAGAACAUGAACAUUUUUGAUGUAUACCUGGUCGAUGCCAAGUUCAGCAUCUCUUCAAAGAGAGGCAAGGCCCAAGCAAUCAGUUCCCAAGAGAAGAAGGCCGAAAUCGACUUGACUGUGGAGGCACCCCCCGACAAGCAUCACACCAUGACUCUGCGUUCGUCCGAACGCAAGAUCCGCCUCUUCUCUCGCAACCAGUCUGUCAUGAAGCAGUUCGAAGACUCGAUUAAUCAGAUGCUUAAGCAGACGCCCUGGUAUGAAGAAAAGCGCUUCGAUAGCUUUGCUCCGGUGCGAACCAACGUGUUUGCUCAAUGGCUUGUCGACGGUCGCGACUACAUGUGGAACGUCUCCAGGGCCAUCAACAUGGCUCGCGAUGUCAUCUACAUUCAUGAUUGGUGGCUAAGUCCUGAGCUGUAUAUGCGACGACCAGCAGCUAUCAGCCAAAAAUGGCGACUGGACAGACUUCUUCAGAAGAAGGCCAGAGAAGGCGUUAAGGUCUUUGUCAUCGUUUACCGAAACGUCGAGGCCGCCAUUCCGAUCGACUCGGAAUACACCAAAUUCUCCCUCUUGAAUCUUCAUCCCAAUAUCUUCGUUCAAAGAUCUCCUAACCAGUUCAAGAAAAACCAAUUCUUCUUCGCCCAUCACGAGAAGAUUUGUAUUGUGGACCAUGAUGUAGCCUUUGUUGGAGGCAUUGAUCUCUGCUUUGGCCGUUGGGACUGCCCUCAACACCCUAUCGUUGACGAUAAGCCAACAGGUUUCGAGAUGUCGGAGACGCCAAAGGAUGCAGAGCACUGCCAGCUAUUCCCUGGUAAAGAUUACUCAAACCCUCGUGUACAAGACUUUUUCAGGCUCAAUGAGCCAUAUGAGGAGAUGUAUGAUCGAACCAAGGUACCUCGAAUGCCUUGGCAUGAUGUAGCCAUGCAAGUCGUUGGCCAGCCUGCAAGAGACCUGACGCGCCACUUUGUUCAGCGUUGGAACUACUUACGUCGAGGGCGCAAGCCUACUCGACCCUUGCCCUUUCUGCUUCCGCCCCCGGAUGCCAACAUCGAUGAGCUGAAAGAGCUUGGGCUCACUGGAACAUGCGAAGUUCAAAUUCUCCGAUCCGCCAGCACAUGGUCACUAGGUAUUGAGCAGACUGAGCACAGCAUCCAGAAUGCCUACAUCAAGAUGAUCGAGGAGUCGGAUCACUUUGUCUACAUGGAGAACCAAUUCUUCAUCACGAGUACUGAAGCCUACAACACACGAAUCGUUAACCGUAUCGGUGACGCCCUGGUUGAACGUAUCAUCCGAGCUCAUGAGAAUGAUGAAGACUGGCGCUGUGCCAUUGUUAUCCCUCUGAUGCCUGGCUUCCAGAACACGGUCGAUGAACAGGAGGGUACAAGUGUUCGCCUGAUUCUCAUGUGCCAGUAUGCAAGUAUCUGCCGAGGCGAGCAGUCUAUCUUUGGCCGGCUCAAGGCUGCUGAUAUUGAGCCAGAGGACUACAUCAGCUUCUACUCGCUCCGUCAAUGGGGCAUCAUGAGCAACGAUGUUCUUGUCACUGAGCAGCUCUAUAUCCACGCCAAGACGAUCAUUGUCGAUGAUCGAGUUGCUCUCAUCGGUUCGGCCAAUAUCAACGAGCGAUCAAUGCUGGGUAGUCGCGAUUCAGAGUGUGCUGCGAUUGUUCGAGACACUGACAUGAUCAACUCGACAAUGGCUGGGAAACCCUACAAGGUCGGCCGCUUUGCCCAUACACUGCGUCUUCGACUGAUGCGAGAACACUUGGGUCUGGAUGUUGACGAAAUCCUGGAGGAAGAACGACAGGAAGAACUUGACCGUCAAGAUUUUGAGAAAGAGAUGGAGGCUAUCUACGAAGAGGAAAAUAGCGGCCCCUCUGACCCCUUAAAACUAUCUGCCACCCGUCCUGAACCCCCUCGCAUUCCCAGCAUCAACCAUGACCUUGACGCUGCCGUUGAAGUUGAAGAGAGUAGCAGCAGCAGCAGCAGCAGCAGCAGCCAUGGCAGCCCCGCAGAAGCAGAAGGCACAGUCAUUCAUGGACCAGAGAACAAAGUGAAGCAUGAGCUGGACGUGACGGGUUAUGGUCCCGAUCGCUGGAAGAGUGCUGAAAAGUCCGGCCUUGACGCAGGCCGUGACUCAGUGAUCAUCAAUGGCAGGGAAAUUCUUGUUAACAAUAUCAGCAACGAAGGCAAAGGAACAUUGAAAUCGCCCAUGGAAGCUCAGCCACAUGCUCCCCAACCCGAUAACAGAUACAUCGACCCUGGAAAUCAUAACGACGGCCUCCCACCUAUGCCUGCCUUGAAUCGCCGUACCACAGAUCAGCUUGGCCUCCCUCGUCCUGCACAACUGCCAUCUUUGCCGAUAAGUGAUGACACUGAUAUCGGUGGCCCUCCAUUGUACAUCGACCCUGAAACGGGCAAGCCAGUCAAUGGUGUUUUCCACCCUAUGGCCGCAGAUAUCCAACUGGCUCAUAUCGAUAAGAACUGCAUGAUCGAUCCGGUCAACCCCAAUUUCUUUGACGAAAUCUGGAACCGUGCUGCUCAAAACAAUACCAAGCUUUAUCGCCGGGUGUUCCGCUGCAUGCCUGACUCGGAAGUCAGCACCUGGGCCGAGUAUAACGCGUACACAUCGUAUGGUGAGAGGUUCCGUAAGAGCAUGGAACCCGGUCAAUCUAGGGGUGAAGAUUCCGAGUUUCCACCUUCUUCGAGACAUCGUAACUCAACAGCUGGUGGUGCAGGUGUUAGUGCACCAGGUCCCGAGGUGAUAGCCAAGGCUGCCGAGACAGAGGCGGAGAAGGCUUUAGGAAAAAUGACUGAGAAGAUGCCCAUUGGUGGGCACCAUGACGAAGAUAGAAUCAAGAUUGUCAUCCCUGAUGAGGGAGAUGGUGGCCUUGAUGAGAAGAAGGCAAUGAAAGACGGCGAGGCUGUCCCAUCGCGACCGAACACUGGACUGGAUACUGAGAGCGCCGUCGACACCCAGCAUCCAGCCGAGGCACCGUCCCCUGUCUAUGCCCCUGGUGACACCCCUUUCCCAGCUUUUGAUGGGGGGAAUAGUGGAAGAUUCUUAGAGCCUCAAGCAGGCACCAAGGAUCGAGAAAGGCGGACUACUUUCUCCACCCUCGAGAAACCAUCUUCAAGGGACACCAACGCUCCCCCACCGGGACAAAUUGGCUCAGUGAAGCGCAGGCGCCGCGCAACCACUAAGAACAGUCGACGCGGUUUCAGCAUAGACGAUAUGCCAAACCGAGGGCAGGCCGAAGAGCUUCUGAACAUGGUACAGGGAAACAUCGUCCAAUUUCCAUACGACUGGCUCCUUACUGAAGAGCAAAAUGGAAAUUGGGGCUACCAGGUAGAUGGCGUUGCCCCCUUGGCUAUCUACAACUAA